GAUUGUAACAGCGUCUCUGAUUGGUUACGUUAGACCUGCAAUGCGUCAAGCCAUUGCGCUCAGUGUGUCCCGGAUCACGCAGCACUGGAACCGGCGGGCCAACAAGCCCUUCGGUUAGACAGGACAGGACAGGGCUGAUUAAAUUUCUCUCCUGGGAUCAGAUCUCAUAUUAUAGACUCACCGUGAGACUCCUUCACAUCCAGAAAGUUAAGGUUAAAAUGAGUUUUCUAGAAAGUAAUGGUAAGCACAAAGUGCUGCGCUCUUUGUCUAACAUAAAGCCAACUGGACACACUCGCAGAUUUCAAAAUAAAUAACACUUCAAACAGUGUGAAAUGAAGGUUGCGGCAUCGGAAAUAAAUAAAUACUGUAUAUCGGUGUUAUGAUAAUAAUAAAAGAUUUUCACUUACUAUGACAAAUCCUUUGUUAAAUAUGUGCAGUAUACUUUUGCAAAACUAUUACAAUAAUAUAUUAACUUUUGAGCUUCUUUGUUCUCAAUCUACUAUAACGUUACAAUAAAACUUCUUAAAAUGUCUUAAUCGCCAUGGAAAAUAUUUCCCCCCGCUAUUCCUAAAAUCCUUUAAAUAAAUCGGCUGAACAGUUUUGAAAAGUUUAACGAUUCCUUCACGCAGUGGACUGAACCAGUUCGAGCGAUUAUCGAAUCAAAUUGAUUCACCUGAGAACCGAUGAAUGAGUUCAUGAUCCCAGUUUUUAGAUUUGGAUGAUUUAAUGGGGUGAAAUGCAAGUUUAUCAUAAUAGCAGGAAAAUGACAAAUUAAACGAACUGGGAAAUAUAUGACUUGGCCUGUGUGAUAUUUUAUCAACACGCAUAAGAAAUAGAGUUGGUUUAAAGAUGCUAAAACUUUUUUGAGGUCGCAGGCGGAUGACGUAACCGGCGCGCGUCUGUUUUGAUCUGUGUGAACUGAAGAAACAUGGCUCUUUUCCCGUCCUUCUGUGGACUGUCAGCCAAUAACAGCUCUACUGGGGAUACAGCUCCAGCAGAUCUGGAAUGGCUGAGUAAUCAGAGCUUCAGCACAGAAGAUGCUUUGAAGACUCACCAGCGGGCCACAGAGAGAGUGCAAGCAGAGGCAGAAGAACCAGCAGGCACAAGAGAGCAGAAGCAUAAAGAGAGAGAAGAUAGCCAUGGCAGAUCGAAGAAGAGAAAGAAAGAAAAGAAGAAAAAGCACAAGAAGAAGAAGAACAGAGACAACUCGGAGAGCAGUGGAUCUGAAUCAGACACAGUUUACCCCAGCGACCUGUUAAAAAAGGAGAACGCUGACAGAGAGGAAGCUCAAGUUCGGGUGAGCGAGACCUUUAUGUGGCUGGAUGACCUCCAGACCCCCACUGACUCCCCCUUCUGUAUUGACAGAAGAGCUGACCGUGCCAACUGGGAAUACAAAUCCCUCUAUAGGGGAGACAUAGCCAGGUAUAAGAGGAAGGGAGGCUCAUGCCUGGGGUUAGACAUCAGGAUGCAGGCUGUGAACUGGAACGAUGGUGGCCCAGAGAAGAAGCGAGUGGACAAGAAACACGAACGCUAUUUCUGUCCCUCCACCCGUCGGCUGCUCCGGUCAGAUGGUCUGCCUGCUUUACCCGUACUCUCUGAGGGCAUUGCCGUCAGCUCUGAUACUUACAUCAAGCUCUCAGCCUGCACUGAAGAGCAGGGCUCUUCCACCCAGGCACCCGUAUCGUGGGUAAAUCCGCUGGGCAUCUAUGACUGUGGAACCUCUCUUUGGCUGGAGGGCAAGGGUCAACCAGAGGUCAAGAGAGAUCAGCAGGACGUUGAGGCUCAAGGGAGCAGCAGCACCCUUCUGAGUGCACGGGUGGAGGAGUUUAACAGGAAGCUACGGGAGAAUCCUACGGACACCCAGCUGUGGCUGGACUUUGUACACUUCCAGGAUGAACUGGCCUUUGGUUCUAGUUCAUUCUCAGUUGCCACUGACACUGACAAUGAUGGUGAGAUGAAGAAGAUGUCUCUUCGUGCCGUGCUGGAGAAGAAGCUGUCCAUUGUGGACAGGGCAGUGGAAAGUAACCCUGCCAACGUGGACCUGAAACUGGAGAAACUCCAUCUGUGCAAAGAACUAUGGGAGCCUGCCACCCUGCAGAAAGAGUGGAAGAAACUAGUGUUCAUCCAUCCAAACAGCGCGCCUUUAUGGAGGAAGUAUCUUCUCUUCACACAGAGUCAUUUCAGCACGUUCUCUGUGUCAAAAGUCAACAGCAUGUUCGGAAAGUGUUUAAGCACGCUCAGUGCAGUCCAAGAUGGCAGUAUGGUGUCUCACCCUCCGCUUCCAGGCACUCAGGAAGACCUCUUAGAUAUCUUUCUACAGCAGUGCCAUUUCCUGCGGCAGGCGGGUCACACCGAGAAAGCUACGUGUCUCUUCCAAGCCCUUCUGGACUUCACUUUCUUCAAGCCAGACAGUGUGAAAGACCUUCCCACUAGACAACAGGUGGAUUUUUUUGAGCCAUUUUGGGACAGUGGAGAGCCCAGGAUUGGGGAACGGGGAGCUCGGGGAUGGAAGGCUUGGAUGCUUCAGCAGGAGAGAGGAGGAUGGGUGAUUCCACCUGAGCCAGAUGAGGAUGACGAAGAAGAGCAGGACGACUCCGAGAUCAAAGACAAGACCUGGCCUAAGUGGAAGAUCUGGUUAGAUGUAGAGGCAUCACGAGAGGCAAACCACUGGUUGCCAUGGAGACCAGAUAAAACCAAGGGCCAAUCAGAAGAGGACUGUGAGGACCCCGACAGGCAGGUCUUGUUUGAUGAUAUUGGCCCAUCUAUGAUUCGUGUGGACAGAGUAGAUCUCCAGCUGCAGUUGAUCCUGUCAUUCCUGCAGUUCCUAGGUCUGCCUGGACCUUCAGGAAGGUUCUCUACAACCUCUUCCUCAAACAUUCUAUUGGAUGAUCUCGCCUUCCUUGAAGAGGGCCCAGACCCGGAGCGACCACUGACCUCUCAUGACCUCCCAUUGGCUGGGACCUGUGCAGUGGGUCACAUGACAUUUCUGAGUGACUGCAGGAGACAGGCAGGGUUGUGUAAAGCAGGGGAGGAGUUUCUCCAGAACGUUUUACAGCAAACUCUCCCACUCGUGUCUGUACAGGAUCAAGCUACCAUUACCCUCUGCUGGCUGCAGUAUGAGAAACUAAAGGUGCUGAGAUGUCUACGCAGUGGAAAUAAAAGGCGACUGAAGUCUCAGGGGAAGCGUAGUAAACGGCUAGCAAAACGACUGCUAAAAGAGCCAGAUAACAGGGGCAGCCUGGCACUUUGGAGAGAGUAUGCCCAUCUGGAGUGGCUUCUGGGUAAUCUGGAGGAGGCACGCAAAGUAUUUGACACUGCCUUGGGCAUGGGCGUGACUAGAGGCCUUAAUGAUCCUGUUCUCUGUAACCUCUGCUUUCUCUAUGCCCAGUUAGAGGUAGAGCAGGCCUUAAACAGUGGGACAGUCCCUACUUCCAAAGCUGUCUACAUUCUUACUAAAUUAGCCGAGGGUGCUGCCUACACACCUUUCGCUGGUCAGAUCAACCCAGUGGCCAUAUUAAAGGCCAGAAAGACCUAUGAGCAGGCCCUCUUGAGCUUUUUACCUGAGCAGAGCACAGGCAGCAAUGCUGCAGCUUCAAAGAAAUUCCACAGGAUGUCCAGCCUGGUAGGAUGUUUUGGGCUUUUUCAGUACCUCACAGUGGGGAUAGAUGCAGCUGAUGCUGUGUACAGUCAGGCCAUCCAAAAACUGAUUUCCAGCAACUUGAAUUUAGAAGUAACACAUGGAUCUCUGAGGAGACCCAAGGCCUUUUCAGACUGGGAGUCUGUUGCUGUCCAGCAUGUAGCACUGCUGCGCCACCACGCCAGCACCAGUGUGUUUCCUCUCUCUCGGCUAAGAUUGGCACUUACAGAUGCCCUCUCCUUACUGCCCUUCAGCGCCUCAUUAUGGCAACUCUACCUUCAAACAGAGAACCGAUAUCACAGCGCUGGCCGUGCCCGCAGGUUUUUCCACAGUGUGGCAAAGAAAACUAACAGUGUUGUGCCGUAUCUUUUCGCCGUUACUGCAGAGCAACGACUGAGACAGAUGCUGGACUCUGUUCAGAGGUCUCAUCUUCCUGGAGAAGCCCUGCCCACCAUACCAAAUAAUGGUCUUAGCAACCGUAUCCGCUGUCUGUUUGAAAAUGCUACAGCAACAGAACAUGGGGCCCACUGUCCUCUGCUCUGGAGAAUGUAUCUGAACUUCAUGGUAUGUGAUGGGAAUGCAGAGAGGGGCAGUGGAAUCUUCUACAAGGCCCUACAGGCAGUGCCCUGGGUAAAGGGCUUGUACAUGGACGCAGUGCAGCUGUUCCCUGAACGUGUGCAAGAGUUUUUAGAUCUUAUGACUGAGAAGGAGUUGCGUCUCAGAGUGCCCAUGGAGGAGGUGGAAAUCUUGCUGGAGGACUAACCAUCAAAACCCUUCCCAUAACAACAGCAAAAAAAAAAAAGAAAAGAAAAAGGUUUUAUUUAUUUUUAUUUUGGAAAUAAAUGAUAUA